AUGCUGGAGGAUGGCACCGUGGUGGAGGAGAACCCUGCCCUCACCUUCACGCUUGGGGACUGCGACGUCGUGCAGGCCCUGGACCUGUGUGUGCAGCUCCUGGAAAUGGGGGAGACAGCUUUGAUCGUAUCAGAUGCGAAGUAUUGCUACGGCGCUCAGGGCAGGAGCCCUGACAUCCCACCCAACGCGGCCCUCACCCUGGAGGUGGAGCUGCUGGCGGCUCGGGACGCACCGGACCUGGAGCUGCUGAGCGGCAGGGAGAAGGUUGAGCUGGCCAACCGCAAGCGGGAGCGUGGCAACUUCUUCUACCAGCAGGCAGAUUAUGUGCUGGCCAUCAACUCCUACGACAUCGCCCUCAAGAUCAUCGGCUCCAGCUCGAAAGUCGACUUCAGCCCGGAUGAGGAGGCCGAGCUGCUGGACGUGAAGGUGAAAUGUCUCAACAACCUGGCAGCCUCUCAGCUUAAAUUGGACCAUUACGAGGCAGCUCUGAAGUCUUGUAAUCUUGUGCUGGAGCACCAGCCAGGGAACAUCAAGGCUCUCUUCCGGAAGGGCAAGGUCCUGGCUCAGCAGGGCGAAUACAGAGAGGCCAUCCCCAUCUUAAAAGCAGCAUUGAAGCUGGAGCCUUCAAACAAG